AUGUCUGAUAUUCCUAGUGUGGCGGCUACCCUCAAGUCUAUCCUCUCUCCCGAAAAUAACCUAGAUUCUGCAAUCUCUAAUGCCCUGAUGGCAUUGGGGGUCGCUCUGGACAAGCUAACUCAUCGAUACGACAAGGCCGGUAAAGAAAUCGAAUUGGUUCGACGCAUGACCCGUACUGGAUGGCUAAUGGCUAUCAAUGUCCCCCUUCCUUUCGGAGUCACCAAAUGUCAAGCUCUUCAACAACUACUAGGCAAAUUCGACUAUUGCAAACCUCUAUUCGAUAGCGAGAGGGAUCUAAUUUGCAGCGAAAUUUCAUACGUCAAUCGCGGAGGAUGCUCUGUAACAUGUCUUUCCUAG